AUGUCUCGCACUUACAAGCAUCCUAGCGGAGGCAAGGGUACAAUCAGAAGUGGUCGCCAUAGUCCAGUCGAGAAGUCGUCAAAGCCCCGAAGAAUGCAUUCACCAGUUCCGGAGCAGUGGUCAGACGACGGUGCGACCAAGAAGUCAUUCAGGCCCCGAAGAAUGCAAUCCCCAGGUCCGAAGCAGCGGCUAGCCAAUAGGGCAAUCAAAAAGGCAUCCAAGCCACGAAGCCCUCGGUCCUCAGCCCUGAAGCCGUGGUCCGCAUUUCUCGACAAGCUGCCCCUCGAAAUACGACUGCUCGUUUAUGAGCACUUGUUCCGUGACAGUUCAUACACGUUCUGGGCGGACUUGGGCGUGUUUCGAGAGAAGUCCCCUGAAGGGAGACCCAUCCCAGGAAUCUUGCUCACCAACUGGCAGAUCUUCGAGGAGGCUCUUCCGCUAUUCCGGAAGCAUGUGACCGUCGGGCUGCCCGUAUUUAUGCCCUACGCCGAGUACAAUUUCUACCGACGUUCAUGGGACAGAGGAAUAGACCUGAAGCCGAGUCUAGUCUUCAAGGGCUAUGGAGAAGACUGGGACUACAGCAGAAUUCGCCACAUCGCCGUGCCGGCUGUACACUACAGUUGUAUUUGGGCCCUGCAAGGUCAGCUCCGACACCUCGUCAGCAUGAAGCAGCUCGAUCAUUACGGCCCUAGGGAGCCUUAUGGCGCUCAGCAAACUCCGGAAAUACCCUUCGCAUCACCACGAUUCUGGCUCCACCCAUUGUUUGAGCCAAUACUGGUUUCAAACAACAGUAUCGAAGUGCAAUAUGCCGCACUUGUUAAAUUGUUCCAGCGUGAGAGAAUGACACAGGUCGCAUAUUCAUUUAAGCUGUGGCGGGUGCAGACGAGGUACAACGACGAGGUUCGAAAGGAGUUCAUGGAGCCCGAUUUGCAGCACCUGCUGGAGGUUAAUCUGCGGAUACCAAAUGACCGUAGAGAUUACAGCAAUACAUCACUUCUGACUCUGGCAAUCGACUCGUCCGCACAACGCUUGGAGAUCGUGUAUGAUGGGUAUCAGGACAAACACGGCAACAUCGGGGACAUACACAUCGAGCUUGAUCUCGAUUCAGAGGAAGGCGAAAAGCUGCUGCAGGAAAUGGAAGAUAUAGACAAGACUGAACAUUUUUGA